AACAAACAAACGAGCUAUUGAACAAACAAAUUUUAAGAAUACAAACGUGCAAAUAAACGGAAGUCAAACAUGCAAAAGAACAAACAAGAGUUCCCCCCCUUCUGUGUGUGUUGCAGAGCUGUUCCGGUGCGGAGACAACAGUCAGGUGCUGCACUUCAAGGAAGGCGCUGACCUGGACAUCUGCUGCAACGUCACGGCCCCAUCUUGCCAGUUUGGGCUGCGUGUUGGCAGACGGCAAGACGAUGACGGUGUUGGCAGACGGCAAGACGAUGACGGUGACAACAAGGAGGAGGAGGUGAAGAAGGAAGGGAACGGCGCUCCGGGAUCGCCCACCAAAACGACGAUGACGACCACAAGGACGAUGAUGACGACGAUAAUGAAUAACCUGACAGCUGGCAUGUUAGAUGAUGACGAAGACAAUGGCGGUGACUGUAGCUUCCAGGCAAAGUUCACCAAGCAGAAUGCCAGCGUCGCUGACUCUGGGAAUUACGAGUGCGUUUCUGCAACGUCUGGGAUACUCAUCAAUGGAGAUGUUUACGUCUUCGCUCCACCCAAGAUGCCGGAACUGCACUCCCUGACCUGUACGUCCGCUGGUGUGGUCACAUUUGUGUUCAACACAACAGAGCCAGACCAUAAAAUACGCUUUGGGUACAAGUAUGAGGUAUUUUUGAAGAGUACUACCAGAAGCUGUGGGGGAGGUGAUUGUCUCAAAUGUGAGCAGCAGUGGAGCUGUCGCCCAUCUGUAUCUCACCAACAACCUAACUCGACUGUACCAGCUCAUGUAUGAAGAGGGAUUUCCACUUGUGUUUGAGCUUGUCUUGACUUCAUUGAGUGGGAAUUCGGAGGAAUUUGCUGUGAAUGUGAUAGCAGAGUAUAUAGGUGACAAUCCAUUUGACUAUGACCUGUACCGUUUAGAGGUGAGGCUAGAUCACCUCAAAGCGUUCACUGACUAUAAUCUCUCGGUGAUCAGCUACGGGGGAGGGGGCAGAGGGGAAUCAAGACGCACCAUAUUCCGGUCCUCACAAACAGCUCCAACAAGGCCCCCAGAUCAUUUCUACUUCAGUGCUGACAGUUUGGAAGUGACGUUGAUUUGGCAGCCAUUGCCUCACGAAGCUGUCGGUGGAGAUAGCUUGAGGUACAUCGUCCAUGUCUUUAACGAGUCGGACCAUUUGUUAGUGAAUGAGAGCACUGACAAAACCUACCUGGUCCUGCCCGGUGUUCCAAGAGUCCGCUUGUAUGCAAGAAUCUGGUCGACAAACAUUGUGGGGCUGUGUCCAAACUUUACUGCGCUGGUCCUCCCCCUUGAUAGUGACGAGAGUGUAGAAGUUCAAGUGGAAUUCUCCAUGGAAAGUCGAAGAGCUGCAGUGUUUGCGAGCGUGCAAGGAAAGUCUGUGGAGAAAAUUGCCUUGCACUGGUGUCAGGAUCACAAGAACACGUCCUCAUACACUUCAGUUGUGUGCACGGAAUUUCCUUACACACAUAUCAUAGAGCAAUCGGGACCGUUGUUACAGUACAAUUUGAGUCUUGCUGAGGAGAGUCGUGAAACGAGCUCAGUGGAGAGUAUUGAGGUAGAGGUAGUGUACUGGAAUUGGAACAGUUACGACGACAAGUCCCAAAAGGAGAGAAUAGGAUUGACUGUGAAUGGCACGUUGAGGAUAAAAAUCCGUGAGCUGAAGUUAGACGACGUCACCCUAAGGAUCAGUGUGCCAACCGAGGAGAAAGUGCCGUAUCUCUACAUCUCUCAGGACUGCCACCCUGAUCAGCCCCGGCAAUGUCUGGUCUCCAGGUUUCUAGUUUUCAAGUCACCAGACGAGCGAUGUGAUCAUGGCCUGAAGCAGCUGUAUUCUUUGGAGAACAGUCCUCUUACCACUACUAAGGUGAGGCUGGAGGAGACUGGAAUGUUCCUCUGCGUCCAGGCCAUCUGUGGAGCGUUGCCUGGAUACAGAGAGUGGUGGUCCACAUUGGCACCACAGUUUGUCCCAAAUGCUUUUUCAGAUACUGGCGGUGACUCAACAAUAUUUUCCUCUUUGGCACCUGUGUUGGCUGUUGUGGCCCUUGUGGUUAUAAUAAUCUGUGUGAUUAUCGUCAUAAAACGACGCAGAGCCUUCAGCAAAGUUACUGGAGAGGAUUUGUUUAAGGGUGCAAGAAGGAGGGUCAAUGUAUCCAGUCUGGAAUCACCUCCUCCUGAUCCUCCAAAGGGGCCACCACCCCUACCAAAAAAGGAACCGGAUGAUUCUUUAGUCAUCUGUGACGACAGUGGACAGGGCACUGGCGACACUAGCGGUCUCGGUAUAGGGGAAUCGAACGCUCAACUCUCUGGCCCGGACUUGGAGAGUAAAUCGUCCACGGGAGAUGUAAUUGUAUUCUGUCAUCAGUAUGCAGACGCGAGUUGUGAGAAAUGGAGCAGUCCCACAUCAACAAACAAUGGUCAGGAUGUCUCACCAAUAGACUCGAAAGAGUCGUUGCGAAGCGUGAAAGACUUCAGCGGAGAAGAGAAAGAAGAGAAGGGGGACUUCGAUGAUCAGUGUAUAGCACUGGAAAAUUUAAAACUUAAGUUUGAUUCUUCAGAUAACAGUUCGUGCAGUUCGAGGAAUGACCCUGGGUCGUCAUCACCUACGGAGGACCAGGACUCAAGCUUGUUUUCUGACAGUUCUGAGAAGCUUCUCAUCCCUGCUUCCAAUAAAACAUUGCCUUCUAGGGAAAUGUCUGUGUGAAUGAGAAAAGGAUCCAGAUGUCGUACAGGCUUCAUUUGAGAAAAUUUGGGUGGGGGGGGGGGGGGAGUGAAAAAUCAUAUUUUGGGGAACAUUGAGAUUCGUCAGGAUGUUUCCUGAUCAACCAUGUCACUUCAUGAUCACAUAAUAUUUUUACGGCAAAUUUGCUUCAGGACAAAUUUCCAGGAGUUAAAUGGUUAAAUAGCCAUUUAUGCAUGUAUGUAAUCAAAAAGAGGACUAAUUGAGUAUUCUACAAACACUUUUCGAGAAUAAAAAUCAUGGCACAGAAAAUAACCAUUCCAAUGUA